AUAUUAACUCAAAAUAACUCUCUCAUGGUGUAUGAUCUGACCCCUACCACCAUCUCUUCUUCACUCGAUUUUCUCCAUAAGAAGAACAACUUCCCAUUGGAUUUUGUUUCUUCUUUUAAGCUUGUUUUCCAUUCAUCACUGUCACUUCAAUUUACUCUGUUUUGGCAGCAAACAACUAUAACACCUCUUGCCUGUCUGCUUAUGCUGUACUUUGUACGUUUCAAAGGAGAAAAUAGCUUAUAGUUAGUAGCUCCAAGUCACCACUAAGAGGGGAAUAAAAAUGACUGGGCUGCGAAAUUCAGAAACAGAGUGCAGUUCUGGGUCAACUCUUUCAACUCCCAUCUCGGUCCCUAGCUCAACCACAACUCCAAACACUAAACCUGAAACCACCAGUGAUUGUAAUAAAAAGAUGAAGAGAAUGAGGGGAGAUUCAAGCAAGCACCCGGUUUACCGUGGCGUCCGAAUGAGGACCUGGGGCAAAUGGGUGUCCGAAAUCCGCGAGCCACGUAAAAAAUCCCGCAUUUGGCUCGGUACUUUCCCUACCCCAGAGAUGGCAGCUCGGGCACACGACGUGGCCGCUUUAAGCAUCAAGGGAAACACAGCGAUUCUCAACUUUCCCGAACUCGCCAACUCAUUACCCCGACCCGUGUCUUUAGCACCCCGUGACGUACAAGCUGCGGCAGCCAAAGCAGCCCAGAUGGAAAAUUUGGGCUCUCCAUCACCAUCCGCGCCAUCUUCUUCGACUUGGUCAUCAUCGCUGUCGUCUUUGGUUUCUCAUCUGGACAUAACUUCAGGGUCGGAGGAGUUGAGCCAGAUAGUGGAGCUGCCGAGUCUGGGGACAAGUUACGACUCGGUUGAGUUGGGGAAUGAGUUUGUAUUUGUGGACUCAAUGGACAGAUGGUUCUAUCCUUCACCAUGGCUUGAAAGCAUGGAAGAUUGUGAGUACGUUUGUAAUCAAUUAGUAAAUGGCUUCAAAGAAGGCUUGCUAUGGGAUUAUUAAUGUUUUCUUCUUCCUUUUUCCAUUCUAUUUUCUUGAUUUUGUGAAUGUGAGUGUGUUUAACUGUCUACAGCCCCUUUGCUUUUUCUUUGAAAGGGCUGAAAAC